AUGGAAUUAGAGAAUAUCGUGGCCAAUACGGUCUACCUGAAGGCGCGUGAAGGAGGCUCCGACAGCAACAAAGGAAAGAGCAAAAAAUGGCGCAAGAUCCUCCAGUUUCCCCACAUAUCGCAAUGCAUCGAUCUCAAGAACAAAAUAGAUGUAAGCUAUGGUUAUGUAGUCGAUCAGCAACCUAUCGGACGUGAGCUGUUCCGUCAGUUCUGCAAGGUGAAACGACCACAGUACUCCCGGUAUAUUACUUUUCUGGAUGACGCCACAAGAUACGAAAUAGCGGCCGAUGAACAUCGGGUCGAUCUGGCGUACGAGGUCGCGAAACGCUAUCUCGGCCUUUGCACCGAAAGCCAGCGCGAGGACAGUGGCGGAGGUGGAGGCUGCGAUAGUGACGGUGGGAAGUGCGAUGAUGACAGUGGCAUCGGUGGCGACACGAAGAAGCUCAGCAACCACGACGAUCCGGAGAAAAGUUUGACCGGCUCGAACUCGGUCACCACCAAUACCAUCAACAACGAGAAGGACGAGUUCGUGCUGGACGUGUUGAACGAUGAUAUGGUGGCGCAGGUUCGAACCAAACUGUCGACCGGUAGCAAAGAGUUGUUCGAGGCUUCCAUUACGGCGGUGCGGGCCUUCCUGGCCGGUGAACCAUUCCGGGAAUUUGAGGCUUCAAUGUAUUUCCACAGAUAUUUACAGUGGAAGUGGCUCGAGGCCCAGCCGGUUACUUACAAAACUUUCCGCAUGUACCGUGUCCUGGGAAAGGGUGGUUUCGGUGAAGUCUGCGCAUGUCAGGUACGGGCCACCGGGAAGAUGUACGCCUGCAAGAAGCUGGAGAAAAAGCGCAUCAAGAAGCGAAAGGGCGAAUCGAUGGUGCUGAUAGAAAAGCAGAUACUGCAGAAGAUAAACUCCCGCUUCGUGGUGAAUCUAGCGUACGCAUAUGAAACCAAGGACGCGCUGUGCCUAGUGCUGACGAUUAUGAACGGUGGCGAUUUGAAGUUUCACAUCUACAAUAUGGGCGGCGAACCAGGGUUUGAACUUACCCGGGCACGGUUCUACGCGGCGGAGGUGGUCUGCGGGUUGGAGCACCUACACCAGCAAGGUAUCGUUUACCGCGAUUGCAAACCGGAAAACAUUCUGCUGGACGAUCACGGUCACGUGCGCAUCUCGGAUCUUGGGCUGGCUGUCGAAAUUCCGGAGGGUGAAAUGGUUAGGGGGAGAGUGGGCACAGUUGGUUACAUGGCGCCGGAAGUGAUCGACAACGAGAAGUACGCAUUCUCACCGGAUUGGUUCAGCUUCGGUUGCCUGCUGUACGAGAUGAUUGAGGGACAGGCACCGUUCCGUGCACGCAAGGAGAAGGUGAAGCGCGAGGAAGUCGAUCGGCGGGUGAAGGAAGAUCCGGAGAAAUAUUCGCACAAGUUCAGUGACGAUGCCAAAACGCUGUGCCAGCAACUGCUGAUGAAAGCGGUUAAGAGUCGACUCGGUUGUCGCAAUGGGCGGCACGGUGCGCGCGAAGUUAAGCUGAAUCCGUUCUUUAACAGUAUUAACUGGAAGCGGCUCGAAGCUGGUUUGAACGAUCCUCCAUUUGUGCCGGAUCCGCACGCUGUUUAUGCCAAAGAUGUACUGGACAUUGAGCAGUUUUCCACUGUGAAGGGAGUUAAUCUGGACGCAACAGAUGAGAAUUUCUACACCAAGUUUAACACCGGCUCAGUAUCGAUACCGUGGCAGGACGAAAUGAUCGAAACGGAAUGCUUCCGGGAACUGAAUGUGUUCGGCGUGAAUGAGUGUCCGACACCAGAUCUGCUCACCAACGCACCACCGGUAGUGGAGAAGCCUGGUUGCUUUCCGUUUAGAAGAAAAAAAAAACAAACGCCGCGCGAGAAACCGGUUCCGUUCAACGAGAAACUGUUAUCCUCUAGUCAAACAACGGUGAGCUGUAGCCAGGCACCAAAUGAAAGUUGA